AUGGGUCUCCACUCUGGUGUUGAUACUUCUGAUCUGGUGAUGGAUGGUGCAUGCAACGAUGCUCGAGCACCAAUAACUAUGCUGUUGAGGGAAACUUGUGCGGUCCACAGUGAUGGUAAUGUUCAGGGAAGGGAAGAAGUCCUAAGCAAGUAA